AAUAUUAAGAUCGACCUUAAUACGUCACUCGCGAGCCUCGGAUUCGCCCUCGAUCUAUCUAUUCCUCCAAGCAAAGUAGCACUUUGUACCACAGACGAAGUUAAAACAUUUUAGAAUCAACAAUGGCAAAAUCUAAGUCUCGCUUUGCACAGUACCUGACACCAGCCCAGGAGGAUGAGCUGCGUCAGAUUGCAAGAGAUAUUGUGGCACCUGGGAAGGGGAUCCUAGCUGCAGAUGAGUCUGUGGGCACCAUGGGAAAGCGUCUGGAGAGCAUCAAUCUACCCAACACUGAGGACAACAGGCGCAAGUACAGAGAGCUCCUGUUCACAGCCGACAACAGCAUUUCCAACAACAUCAGUGGUGUCAUCUUGUUUGAUGAGACCUUUAGACAGAGCACAGCUGAUGGAAAGCCAUUUGUCAAGGUCUUGCAAGAAAAAAACAUCAUUCCCGGUAUUAAAGUCGACAAAGGUGUUGUUCCAUUGGCUGGAAGUUUAAAUGAAUGCACAACACAAGGCUUGGACGGUCUUGCCGAAAGAUGUGCAGAAUACAAAAAGGGAGGAUGUGGGUUUGCUAAAUGGCGAUGUGUUUUGAAGAUUUCUGAGUUCACUCCAUCAUACCAGGCCAUGCUUGAAAAUGCCAAUGUUCUAGCUCGUUAUGCCAGUAUUUGCCAACAGAAUGGUCUUGUCCCAAUUGUUGAACCAGAGGUUUUGCCUGAUGGUGAUCAUGAUCUAGAGACAGCACAAAGGGUUACAGAACAGGUCCUUGCAUUCACUUACAAGGCUCUGGCUGACCACAACAUCUUCUUGGAGGGUACUCUGUUGAAACCCAACAUGGUGACAGCCGGCCAGGGCUGCACUAAGAAAUACACGUCUGAAGACAUUGCUAGGGCAACUGUGACUGCUCUCAACAGGACUGUGCCAGCUGCUGUUACUGGUAUAACUUUCCUUUCUGGUGGUCAGUCAGAAGAAGAUGCAACAAUCAACUUAAAUGCUAUUAACCAGUUUGCUGGACGCAAACCCUGGCCACUCACUUUCUCAUACGGCCGUGCAUUGCAGGCUAGUGUGUUGAAGGCUUGGGCUGGAACAGACAGUGGCUUCAAAGCUGGACAGGAAGAAUUGUUGAAACGUGCUAGGGCUAACGGUGCUGCUGCUGUGGGUCAGUACCAAGGUGGUGGUGAUGGUGCUGCUACUGGCGAAUCUCUCUUUGUGGCCAACCAUGCAUACUAAGAAACCACGCUACUGAAUGUUUACUUUUUAUUUCAACUUACACAGACAAUUCUUAGACUUUUUACACCUGUUAUGUGUCUAGUAGGAAGUCAUUCACCAGCAUCAUUUGAAGAGAAAGAACUUCGAAGGUUGUAAUUUGAUGAGAAAUGAAAACAUGAAAUUUUUUUUUUUUGGUACUGUUUACAGUUCUGUUGAAGGUUGGCUGUUAUGAAAAGUAAGGGUUAAACUCCAUGCCAUAAUAAUAAAGUCACAACUUAGCUUGUAUAACAUAUCUCAAGUUUUUACUUAGCAUCCCCCCCCCCCUAAGCUUUAGUGUGUUUGUAUUUCUGUCUACACAUGUGUACUUCUUGUCAAUAAUAGUUAGCAACAGAUGGACUAUCUCAUACAUUAUUUUACUUCUUUUAAACUUUAUAAAUUAAUCAAGUAAUUUUUUUUGUUUAACAAUUUAACAUCAAUGUCCAUUUUUUAUACUUGCCAACAAUAAAUGUAUUUUUAGGCUUUAAUUUUUAAACUAUUCAGUAUUUGAGGGAAAAAAACUAAACAGCUUUAUGAAGUUGUAUUAGUAAUUAGGGAUGUUAACUGUGAUUGAUUUUGAUUUCCAAUCUCAUGGUCAAAAUACACUAUUUUGUGUAUUCUCUCAUUGAGGGAAAUUGUGUGUAUAUAUUUUUCUAGAAUAUUUGACCUAAAUCUGCAUGUAAAGUAGCUAAUGUGUAAUAAAUUUUGGAAUAUGUACUCUA